UCGAGGACAGUGUGAUGAACCGGAGGUUGAGCACAGAGUAGGUAGGCGGGGCUUGAGGGGUGGGGCCAAGCCAAAGGGCCUCUCACUUAGGAGCUUCUCCAUUCUGUCAGCUCUCCCAGAACGUCCAAGGCAAGACUGGCACCCAGCGCACGCAGCAGGAACUAUGGAGUCCUUCAGCUCAAAGAGUCUGGCACUGCAGGCGGAGAAGAAGCUACUGAGUAAGAUGGCAGGUCGCUCAGUGGCGCAUCUGUUCAUGGACGAGACGAGCAGUGAGGUGCUGGACGAGCUCUACCGCUUUUCCAAAGAGUACACGCACAGCCGGCCCCAGGCGCAGCGCGUUCUCAAGGACCUCAUCAAGGUGGCCGUCAAGGUGGCCGUGCUGCACCGCAGCGGCUGCUUCGGCCCCGGCGAGCUGGCCCUGGCUGCCCGCUUCCGCCAAAAGCUGCGGCAGGGCGCCAUGACCGCGCUCAGCUUCGGCGAGGUGGACUUCACCUUCGAGGCGGCCGUGCUGGCCGGCCUGCUGACUGAGUGCCGGGACACGCUGCUGGAGCUGGUGGCGCGCCACCUCACGCCCAAGUCACAUGGCCGCAUCCGCCACGUGUUCGAUCACUUCUCCGACGCCGGCCUGCUCACGGCCCUCUACGGACCCGACUUCACUCAGCACCGGGGCAAGAUCUGUGAUGGGCUCCGGAAGCUGCUGGACGAGGGCAAGCUCUGACGGCCCGGGACCCAGCACGUCCUACCUUAGCCGCAAGGCGGACUGAGAAAACCACACCGAAUGGGCUCUCUAACCCUGCUCAUCUGCACUAAUGCUCUCCAGUCCUCAGGCUUCAGUCUUUCCCCAGAGU